AUGAAGGGCUACGAGCCCAGGAUCGCGGACCGGCCUGUCUUGACGGAGGUAUCCAUCAACCCCAAGGCGGAGGAACCUAAGAAGGACGAGGGACGCGUUGUUUAUGAGGUCACAGUGGAGGAAGAUAUGUUGAAUGCAGGCAGAAUACUGCACGGGGCCUGUAUCGGCCAACUCAUUGACAACUGUUCUACAAUGCCCAUAUUCCUCAUGGGCCUCGCCAAGAACGGUGUCCCAGAAAUGGGAGUAUCGCAAGCCAUAAACAUCUCCUAUCACUCUCCAGCCCUCCUAGGAGAGAAACUCCGUAUCGUAAGUACCACCACAGUGAUGAACAAGCAAGCGCUAUCGGCCAACUGCGAGGUGUGGAACGUCACCAGCAAUAGGCUCGUUGCCUCGGGAACGCACACUAAGAUGGUCGCUUCAACGCCCAGGAAUGGCGAACCUGCGAAGCUCUAG